AUGUCCUUCGCAAGACUUUUACCAGCAAAUAAUAAUAAUGAUGAUGAUGAUGAUGAUGAUGAAACUAAUUCAUUAUCAGAAACAGGUGUUAUUGUAAAAGAUAUUGUUCCACGUUCAAUGGUUAAUGAUGAUGAUUGUACAUGUACAUGUGCAUGUUGUCCAACUAUAUCAGAUUGGUGUAUAAAAGAUGCAUUUGGUCUAUCAUGUGGUAUAAUGACAUGGAUUUUCUUUUUGUAUGGAGAAUUUGUUUUUGUUUUUGUUAUUUUAACACCGAAAACUUAUUCAUUAUUAUUUUAUUGGAUUAAUUUCUUCAUAUUUCAUUUACUUGAAUUUCUUGCUAUUUCAUCACAUUUUCGAACUAUGUUUUCAAAUCCAGGUGCUGUACCAUUGAAAAAUGCUACACGAGAAAAUUUACUUAGAUAUGAAAAUGGUACAAUUGUCUAUCGAUGUGCUAUGUGUCAAAGUAUAAAACCACCAAGAGCACAUCAUUGUAGUGUAUGUAAACGAUGCAUAAAACGAAUGGAUCAUCAUUGUGUAUUUGUUAAUAAUUGUGUUGGACAAAAUAAUCAAAAAUAUUUUAUUUUAUUUACAUUUUAUACUUUUAUUUUAACAAUCUAUGGAUUGUUUCUUCUCGGUAUACAUAUAACUACUUGUAUCCCAUCGAAUUGGACUGCAUGUCCUGCUUGGCCACCACCAGUUACACUUCUUUUUAUGAUAUCUUUUGGUUUAGAAGGACUAUCCUUCUUAGCAUUUACUGGUGUCAUGACUUGUACACAAUUAUAUUCUAUAUAUACUGAUACAAAUCAAAUUGAAUUAUUUAAAGGAGUAACAAAUUUAAAUCGAGAACGUAAUUCUUUUAUAUAUUCAUUAAAAAUAGUUUUUGGUUCACGAAUUGGUUUAACAUGGUUAAACCCAUUUUCUCAACCAAUUUAUUUAAUUACUCAAAAUGAUGAACGUAUAAUAUUUGAUAUUUAA